GACGGGCGGGGGAGAAGGAGGAGCAAACGGACUAGGGGGCGGCUGCACAGUCUCCGGGAUCCCCAGGCCUGGAGGGGGGUCUGCGAGCGGCCGGCAGGCUCUGCCCCCAGUCCGGUCCCGAGCGGGCCUCCCUCGGGCCAGCCCUAUGUGACCGGGCCCCGCUGAGCCUGAUCAAGGAACCGGUCCGUCGCGGAGCCGUAGGGCGGGAGGAACAUGACAUCGCGGAGAUGGUUUCACCCAAAUAUCACUGGCGUGGAGGCGGAAAACCUACUGUUGACAAGAGGAGUGGAUGGCAGUUUUUUGGCACGGCCCAGUAAAAGUAACCCCGGAGACUUCACACUUUCUGUUAGAAGAAAUGGAGCUGUCACCCACAUCAAGAUUCAGAACACUGGUGACUACUAUGACUUGUAUGGAGGGGAGAAGUUUGCCACUUUGGCUGAGUUGGUCCAGUAUUACAUGGAACAUCAUGGGCAAUUGAAAGAGAAGAAUGGAGAUGUUAUUGAGCUCAAAUAUCCUCUGAACUGUGCAGAUCCUACCUCUGAAAGGUGGUUUCAUGGACACCUCUCUGGGAAAGAGGCAGAGAAACUGUUAACUGAGAAAGGAAAACAUGGUAGCUUUCUUGUACGGGAGAGCCAGAGCCACCCUGGAGAUUUUGUUCUCUCUGUCCGCACCGGAGAUGACAAAGGGGAGAGCAACGAUGGCAAGUCUAAAGUGACCCACGUCAUGAUCCGCUGUCAGGAAUUGAAAUAUGAUGUUGGUGGAGGAGAACGGUUUGACUCUUUGACAGAUCUCGUGGAGCAUUACAAGAAAAAUCCUAUGGUAGAAACGUUGGGCACAGUGCUACAACUCAAGCAGCCCCUCAACACAACUCGUAUCAAUGCUGCUGAAAUAGAAAGUCGAGUUCGAGAACUAAGCAAAUUAGCUGAGACCACAGAUAAAGUCAAACAAGGCUUUUGGGAAGAAUUUGAGACACUACAACAACAGGAGUGCAAACUUCUCUACAGCCGAAAAGAGGGUCAGAGGCAAGAAAAUAAAAACAAAAAUAGAUAUAAAAACAUCCUGCCCUUUGACCAUACCAGGGUUGUCCUACACGACGGUGAUCCCAAUGAGCCUGUUUCAGAUUACAUCAACGCAAAUAUUAUCAUGCCUGAAUUUGAAACCAAGUGCAACAACUCAAAGCCCAAAAAGAGUUACAUCGCCACGCAAGGCUGCCUGCAAAACACAGUGAAUGACUUUUGGCGGAUGGUGUUUCAAGAGAACUCCCGAGUGAUUGUCAUGACAACGAAAGAAGUGGAAAGAGGAAAGAGUAAAUGUGUCAAAUACUGGCCUGACGAGUACGCUCUGAAAGAAUACGGGGUCAUGCGUGUCAGGAACGUCAAAGAAAGUGCCGCUCACGAUUAUACAUUGAGAGAACUUAAACUUUCAAAGGUUGGACAAGCUCUACUCCAGGGGAAUACGGAGAGAACGGUCUGGCAGUACCACUUUCGGACCUGGCCGGACCACGGAGUGCCCAGCGACCCCGGGGGCGUGCUGGACUUCCUGGAGGAGGUCCACCAUAAGCAGGAGAGCAUCAUGGACGCAGGGCCGGUGGUGGUUCACUGCAGUGCUGGAAUUGGCCGGACGGGGACGUUCAUUGUGAUUGAUAUUCUUAUUGACAUCAUCAGGGAGAAAGGCGUCGACUGUGACAUUGACGUUCCCAAAACCAUUCAGAUGGUGCGGUCUCAGAGGUCAGGGAUGGUCCAGACGGAAGCGCAGUACCGGUUCAUCUAUAUGGCCGUCCAGCAUUAUAUUGAAACACUACAGCGCAGGAUCGAAGAAGAGCAGAAAAGCAAGAGGAAAGGGCACGAAUACACAAAUAUUAAGUAUUCCCUAACGGACCAGGCAAGUGGAGAUCAGAGUCCCCUCCCACCUUGUACCCCAACGCCAUCCUGUGCAGAAAUGAGAGAAGAUAAUGCUAGAGUCUAUGAAAAUGUGGGUCUGAUGCAGCAGCAGAAAAGUUUCAGAUGAGAAGACCCACCAAGACUUCAAGCACAGAAAUGGAUAUGGACUUUCACCCUCUCCCUGAAAAGAUUAAGAACAGAUGCAAGAAAGUUUACAUGAAGAAUGAAUUUGAAUUUGGAAGGCUUGCAUUGUGGUUGACUACCUUUUGAUAAGCAAAAUUUGAAACCAUUUAAAGACCACUGUAUUCUAACUCAACAAUAUGUGAUUUCUAAUCUCAUGUCCUCAAAUAAGAAGAAAUCUUCUCUACAAUGUAGACAGUGUUAUAUUUUAUGGAAUUUUAUUUUAGAUUGAGGAAGCAGUUAAAAUGUGUUCUCUAUUUUACAGAUGAUGUUGAUUCAAAUUCUAGUUAUUGGCAUUUUUUUUCUUUUGAUAACCUCAACAAAUUUAAUUUCUUCCUCCUCUUUGUGGGGAAUGAUAGGGCACUUGUAAGAGGAAAAAUGAUUUGGGAUAAUUAAGUAACAACGUCCUAUGAAAGUGAAAACAAUUUCAUGUAUCAUCACUUAUCCAGUAGUGGAUAGUUUAUUUUGACGGCCUCUUAUUUUGGCUAAAUAAUAAUUAAGUCAGUGCCCCAGACUGUCUACCUUUGUAUUGCCAUUAAAAAAUCAUGGGGGAAGAAAAUCAUGGGAACUUAGGAUAAAAGACACACUUUCUUCUUAGCAGUUGACCAGUUACCAUUCAGCUUGUUGACUGAGAAGUUUGUGGUGGACAAACGUUUACCAUCUUUUCUUUUCAUUUGAGUGACUGUCUUGUAUUUAGAAAAAACAAAGGCAUCGAUGGAUAACCAGUGUUUUGGUUAUCAUUUAUUGCUGACAACCCAAAACUUAGUGGCUUAAAACAACAACUUGCUUUUCCCCACUGUUUUUCAGUCUGGGCUGGGCCCCGCUGAGCUGUUCCUCUCUUUGUCUUGCUGGUGUCACUCGUGGUCAGCGGGAUGGCUGGACCUCUCCAUCUUCAGGCGGUCCUCAGGUCUCCCCUUCUCCAUGUGGCCUCACCAGCAGAGUAGCUGGACCACAUUCAUGGCAGCUCGGAGGUCCCAAGAGUAUAAAGCAGUAGUGACCGGGCCUUCUUAAGACUUAAACCCGGAACUGUCACAGCAUCGCUUCUACUGUCCCCUAAUGAUUAAAACCAGUCCCAGGCCCAGCCCAGACUCUAGGAAAAGGGCAUGAGGGUGUGAAGUGGAGGUGAGGUUCAUUGGAGACCCCCAGCCAUUGAGACUGUUGGAACCAGUGUCAUGGAAAAAGAGCUGAAAACAAAAAAAGUUAGCAAAAGUAGAAGCUGCUAGUGACCCUGGGAAGCUGAAGCUGGUUGUGACAGCUGGUGUAAGCUGGAAGUCAGACAGAAGCAGAGGGCCUUCAGUGAGCUUCCUGAACCAGUUCUGCUGGCUCUGAGUGUAUUUUCUGAGCCAUCACUUGGGGAAACUGGUCUCAUCAGGAUGGUUGUGUUUGGGAGGGCAGAGCAUUUGAAAGCAGAACCACCCCAUGGCCACGGCCCCUGCAGAGGGAGGUGAAUGGGGCACUUUCUUCACGCCCCUGGUUUUGGUCGGGCCCCGCACGCAGGCUCGCAGCCGGGCUGCAGUGAGGAGGGGCAGCUCUAAUGAGGCCGCUAAUCAGCCAGCAUUAGCAGUAGCUCAUUUUUGUUUUAACCGAGCAGUAAGAUUUGCUAAUGUUCUACCUGAAGUGCCUUCUCCAAAGACAUCCCCCUUUGCCCGGUGUGUUGAAUCAUCAUUCAGUGACUGCAUUUCAAUUAAAGUAUCAUUGGUGGCCUUUGAAGAUAAUAAAAUGCCACAGCAGCUCUGCCAUUAAGUCAUGGUCUCCUAAAUCGGAUUCUUCUUACUUUGUCUCCUGAAAAGGAAGGGCGAGAUCCAGCCCUGUUAGUAGUUCCUUUCUGGUGUCUUUACCUCCCUUGAAACUCUGAGGUCAUCUGGGGAGACUGGCUGCCAUUUUCAGAUAAAACGUACAUUGAUUUUCUGCCCACCCACCUCCCGCACCCAUCUAUGGAACUCAGAAUUACUUCAGAACACACGUGUGGCCUGACGGUAAUUACCUUAUAAGAAGGAUGUAAAUGACUACUGUCUUAUUGUCAAGCCUGUAAAGAAAGAGAUUCCAGGUCAGUAUUUGCAGCAAGGAUCUUGAAUCCUGUUACUCUUAUUGCAUUGCCACAGUGAAUGGUUCUCAUUUUGCCUCGAUUUUGUGAUAACGUUUGACUUCGGGUGCAAGGUCUCUCACCAGCAUACAAGGGUUUGCUUGUACAAUAUAUCUGCUGCAUUAACGUCUCUGCCUGUAGCUUAAGAUCAGUUGUGUUUGCCCUUGGAACGGAAACACCUGAUCUAGACCAGCUUUGUUUGUAAUAGGACAUUGAUUUCAUUUGGAUUUCCCUCCACGAAGUCAACAGACCAUCCUGUGAUACAAACUGAUGCCAAGACACGGUUGUAAUAGUCCCUAGGUUGCUGAGGUUUGUCGUGUGUUUGGUAAAGGUGAUAGCAGGUUCUCAGAUGAGAUUAUGCGGGAUGGAUUCAGGUGUGGGGAGAGGCUGUGAUUGGGGCGGGUGUGCAGCUUGAGUGCGGGUGUGAAAAAAAAUAGUGGAAAUGAAAGUUCCAAAGAGGUGGUUUCUGAGGAAGUCAGAGGGCCUGGGGCCACAACAGUCAGUAACGGUUGAAUCAGGUUACCUGGAAAACAGGUGUGAUAGAUGCAUGUCUGCCACCUGCUUCUGGGUUGCUGGUGGACAUUAAAUUUGCACAAUAUCCCAUAGCUGGCUAAGUAUUUAAAAAUGAUAAACAUAAGAUUUUCUAUUUGGGGUGAAGAAAUUAUCUGGCACAUGGUAUUGGAUUUUUUUUUAAAGCCAAAUUUCAAAGUCUUAAUAGCUUUUUUUUUUUAAACAACCACCACCACCAAAAAGACACCUCAUAGCCAGAGUGUGGCCCUCCUGCAGAUUCUGGUCAUCUCUCUCAUCAAAAUCAAUAACUUUCCAAAUGUGGCUAAAUGGGGCUGCGAAAACACAUGCACGACUUUCCUGGUGUUUGUGCAUCCUUUACGGAGCCCAGUUGCUUUAGAACAGGCAAGAAAAAGCAUCUGGAUUAUUUUUAGGGGUUAUUAAGGGGUUGUUAAGGGUUUACUGGGAUUUUUAAGAACUAAUAUAAUAUCCUGGGUUAUUUCUAGUUCAGAGGAAUGUGGAAAAAGAUACGUAUGCAAUUGUGAACUGUUUUGUUGUAGCUUAUUAAUCCAUAAGGGACACUUAGACUGUAGACAUAAGUGCAAACCCAGUGUGGUUUUUGUUUUCUGUGUGUUGUUGGGGGAAUGAAGUUUUGUAUAGCAAGCACAUGGCCUCCCCGAUUUCAACAUGCCUUUCUUAGGAUCUGUGUUAGCCCUUAAUUUCGUUGAAAUCUUUUCCCCUCUUCCUCUUGAAAAAUAAGUUCCAAAAUAUAGUUUAUUGUAUCUUCCAUCUUUAAAACAAGUUUGUUCCUUUUUUGCUAUGGGCGGUUCACACAAGGCAACAAUAUUAAACAGUUGGUUUUAGCGUGUUGUAUAACUUUGCUGUAUAUCAAACUAAUUUUUACAAGUUUUCAUCCUAAACCUCAAAUCAUGUAAUUAAUAAUUUGCCUGUUUAUUUAUGACCUAAUUGUGAUUCUUUUAUUAAUAAAAGCUAAUGGGAAAGGAUCCUUUCUUAAGCUGAUGACUAGGCCUACAGUUAAUUUUCCUGCAGUAUAUGAAGUAUUGUACCAGAGUAUUAAAAGAUAUGUAAUAUUUUAUUGAUAAAUCUAUCCUUUAAAAGGAAUACGUUUUAGGAUGUCAUCAUUUUGAUGUGAAUCAUGUAAAUGUUGAUAAUAUGCACUGUUUAUUAUACAUUUAGUGUUUCAAGAGAUUCACUUAAUUGCCUUUUUUGCCCACGUAUAUUAUGUAGUCUGUUUGCAGUUGUUUUAAAAAAAAAAGUGACAUUAAAAGAAUAGUUUAUGUAGAGAAACAUUAGUGGAUGUUAAUUGUCUCCCCACCUGUAUUUAUGGGUGUUAGUUCAACUGCUUUGCUACUUGCAAAGCUGUAUUAUCAGAGUAAAAGUGUAUUUGUAAACUGUAUGGGAACUAAAACUUAGGAAUAAAACCAUUUUCUUAUAUUA